CAUUUUAGGAACCCCUGGCGCCAUCUGUCAAAAUCUCGUAAAAUUAAUUUUCUAUAUAGUUAUGCAGAAAUCUCUUAAUUCGACUUACGAGGUUUUGAUAUUUAACAAUUUAACAUAUUUACGCAAAGUCAGGCAAACUUACGAGGUUUUUAAUGUCACACAAUGACAUGCGGUAGAGUUAUUUUUAACCUCAAAAAUUAUUGUUUCAUCAUUGCUUUUUGAUGUAUUAUGUCGUUUUGUUUGAUUAGUUUGACGAUUAAAUAAAUAAUGUGUACACGUGGCAAAUUUCUGGUAGGGCUAUGCCUAGAAACUAGUGUGGAAACAUCCAAAACGACCGAAAAAAAUGAAACUAGGCCUAGUGUUAUAAAUGAUGCAAUAUCUGAAACUCAUUUAGAAAAAAUACAAGAUGAUGCAAUUUUAAUUAGACGGGAUCCAAACUUAAAUAAUUAUGUUGCUAAUAUGCAGCCUGCUACUCUUCCAAAAAAUACAUUGGUUGGUCUUAACACUAUAGAAAAGGAUAAAGGUGAAAAGCCAUGCAUGCAAUUUAACUUAUUGCAAGACGAAUCUUCUGUAGUUGUGGAUAGCAUGUCAUUACCAACAGAAGAAUGCCUAGAGCUUAAGCAAUCAACCCUGAUGUCAAGCAUUAAUAUUCUGAAUUCACAAAAAAGUAGCCUUAGUGAUGAUGGCUCGGAUGAUGGUGUACGAAGUGAUAAAAGUGAACCGUUUCAAAACAGUGGAUCUGAGUAUGUGCCUUCAAAUCAUUCUGAACAGAACGAGUCUGAGGAAGAAUCUGAAGAAGUUGUACUAGCUAAUGUUAGAAAUGAUGAGUUAGAAACACCAAGAGGUAGAAAGAGAACCAGAUCAAAAGGAAAAUUAGCAAAAAAUAAUGCUUUAAAUAGUGAGAGAAAUAAAAAUAAACAUAAAAGAAUGAAGGGCGAAAAUUAUGUCGCAUUUAAAUUUGUAAAGAAAGAAAAAACUUAUAAACAAGUCCAAAGAGGAGAAAGAAAGAUGGGACCUGCCUGCAAAUGUAAACUAUCUACAACCUCUCGCCAAUUUUUUUGUCAAGCCUUUACAGAACCAGAGAGGAAAGCCAUAUUUGAUAAUUUUUGGAAGAAUCUAACCUGGGGCGAGAAGAAAGUCUACAUAGGAGGACUUGUAGAUACAGCUACUCCAAAAUGUCAUCGGACAGAUAUACAGGGAAAACAAAGACAGGUUGCAUACAAAUUUUACCUCAAGAAAGGAAAUGAUGUACGGAAACGAGUGUGCAAAAAAAUGUUUAUGGAGACGCUCUGCAUAAGAGAAUGGAGCAUCAAAAGUUGGGUUAGUCAGAAUAUUACUGAUGAAAAUAUACCACCUAGCAAUAAACAGUCAACGAUUCCAAAACCAGCUGAAAACCUUCGAAGAAACAAACAACCCUCAAAGGAUAAAGAGUAUCUUAUUAGGUUCCUUCGAACCCUUCCACAAAUGGAAAGCCAUUAUUGUAGGAAAGAUACUACUAAAUUGUACCUAGAAUCACAAUGGCAGAACCUAAAUGAGUUAUACCGGUUCUACUGUGCCGAAUGCUCCAGUCAGAAUUUUCAAGCAAUAAAUCACACUACUUUUCGAGAGGAGUUCAAAAAUCUGAACCUUUCACUAUACAGGCCAAAGAAAGAUCAGUGUGAUACUUGCACUGGUUAUUCUGUUGGCACCAUAAAAGAAGAACAAUACUCACUGCACAUAAAUAGAAAAAAAAUGGCUCGUGCUGAAAAAGAAUCCCAGAAGAAUCAGGCCACAAAUGACCCAAGCAGAUUGUUAUUUUCAAUGGAUGUGCAAUCAGUAUUGACAGCGCCUAAGUUACAGGUGUCAGCAUCAUAUUAUAAAAUGAAGCUAACGGUACAUAACUUCACUUUCUUUAAUAUGGUAUCAGGCAAGGGCGAUUGUUAUAUUUGGCACGAGGCUGCUGGAGGUGUCACUUCUAAUGAAUUCACGUCAAUUGUUAUUGAUUACAUUAAGAGGUACACGACAAAAGAAACUAAAUCUGUCAUUAUCUUUAGUGAUGGAUGUGGGUACCAAAACCGAAAUGUUACCUUAUCUAACGCUAUAUCGGCUUUGGCUAAGACAAAAGACUUUGAAAUAUAUCAACAUUACCUCGAAAAAGGAUACACGCAGAUGGAGUGUGACUCCAUCCACGCCUGCAUAGAAAAGAAAUUAAAAAAUCGGGAGAUUUAUGUGCCCGGGUGUUAUGUGCAAAUAGCAAAAACUGCUAAAAUUAAAAAUAAGUACGAAGUUCAUUAUCUUUCUCACACUUUCUUUAAAAAAUAUUCCGUUUUAAAUUCCUACAUUUCUAUUCGGCCAGGCAAUAGGACUCAUGAUCCAAAAGUGACGGAUCUAAGAUGCUUAGCAUAUCGGGUUGAUGGCACCAUUGAGUUUAAAAUAACUUAUGAAGAUGCUUGGACUCCACUAACAAGACGUAAGCAAAAAAAUGAAGACAUUGAUAUUAUGAUGGUUUCGUCGUUGUAUUCUGCACCACUAAAAAUUAAACCUGAUAAGUUUCAACACCUCCAGGAAUUAAAACAGUUUAUCCCGGAGGACUACAGGUCAUUUUAUGACAGCCUUAUUAGUCAAGAAAAAUAAUAACCUAAGAUCAGUUUCAUCAUAGUUAAGAAAAAAAAAUUGUUUUCAUAAUAUUAAAACUAUAGGAUUUUGUUACGUAGGUACUAGUUUUUUAAUUUUGUAUUCUCUGAAUAAACAGCUUUGGUAAAUUA